AGUAAAAGCGCAAUUUAGACGCUCUCUCACCCUCGACUCGGCAGUGUCUUGGUCUCUUGGCUCAGCUAACACCUGGGGGCCAUUUUUGCUGCAUUUAAGCUCGAGCACAAUGUCUUCAUUCUUUGCUGCCAUCUUUUUGCUUGGCCUUUCCCUUGCCAACGCCGUCAACUUCACAACCGUCUACGAGUGGGACAAACUCGAUUUCGUCUGGCCAUCAGGAGCGGAUAGUUCAAUUGAAGAGAUUAAACGAAAUUUUAAUCCAAAUGAUGUUGAAUUUCAAUACAUGGCUGUUUUUGGAGAAAGGCUGUUUCUGAGCCUUGAAUUGAAAGACGGAAUUCCCGCCACUUUGGUGUGGCUGCCAACGAGCGGCAAGUCGACCUCACCUCCAAAACUUGCUCCUUUUCCUUCCUGGAAUUUACACAAACAAGACAACUGUGAUUCUAUUCAGAAUGCAAAAGGAUUGGAAACGGACCCUGAUGGUCGGUUGUGGGUCGUUGAUGACGGUAGCAGCGAAUGUCCAGGCAAAAUUUGGAUAUUCAACCUUCUCAAGAACGACACAACCGAGCGCGUUCACCAAUUUCCGGACGCGGUCGUCUCUCACUCGUAUACUGGAAGGGAGCUGACCGAUAUCGUGCUUGACAAAACAACGGACGAUCACCUUGCGUACAUCACGGAUUAUUACUCUGAGCACAUCAUCGUUUAUAGCAGAAAAAUGGACAAAUCCUGGUCAGUUAUAACACCAGGGAUGAUGCGUUGGUAUUCCUUGGCCCUCUCUCCUGUCAGGGAAGCGAGACAGUUGUACCUUGGAAGAAUUGAUUCGACAGAACUGUAUUCGGUGUCUGUGUCUGAGCUGAGGAAUGAAGGCGGACGCGCUGCUGUCAAAUUAAUCGGCGAAUGGACUGAAAACCCGUACAGAAUGCUAUUGGACAGCAGCGCCAAUGUCUUGUAUGCUGCCUUUUGGUACCAGAGUUACCUCUCUAAAUGGAAUACUUCGGAGCCCUUUGUUGAGCAGCGGUUCCAUGAGGGCGGAGAACUGGAUGCUGAAUGGCCAUUCACUUUUGCCUUGGACACGAACGGCAUUUUAUGGAUGACGCAGAGAAAUAAUGAAACUGGGGUUGAUAAUAAGCCUAGGAAUAAACUACUCAAGGCUGCAGUCGGCGCGAGAAAAAAUCAAUUCGGCACGCCCACGGACUUGCCAUCGCGUGGCUGACCCUGAGGACGAGAAUAUGCUGGCCUCUUCCAGCCACAUUUCGAUGGACAAUCUCGUUCUCCUGGACAACAAAUAGUCAUCUACUAAGCCUAAUUUAAAAUAAAGCUUUAAGUUUGUUUCGUUUUAAUGAAAAGUUCAUUUAUAAUAACAUAGAAUAAAUAAACAAAACGUUAUGUGCGCUUUUUUGUUUUUUUAACAUAAUAAUUUUUUAUUUUUGAGAAAAAUUCAAAAGGUAUAAUAAAAAUCUGUGUGUCUUGCAUUUUUCCGUAUACAAUGAAACUAUGUUGGUUUUUCUU